UGUUUGCCGCGCCUGCGCCAGAACGAGACACGCCUCUUCUGUAAGCCAUGUGGCCGUCGUUGGUAAAUAAAGAUUGCUGCUAAUUUUUUUACUUCCGUUUCAUUCCGAUUUUUUAUGCACAAACGCUGUCUUCUGCAAAGUCGGAGCAGCCAGAAUGUCGGCGGGCGCGGUGAACCUACAGGCGCAGGUGGAGUCGGUGCUCGGAGCGCUGGUCAAAGCGGCCACGGUCGAGUUAACCAAACUGUUCGAGAGCAGGUACGCAGCGUCGGCGCUGGAUGUGGAUGUGGGCCGCAUUGACGGCGAAAGGAAAAAUGACAGCUUGGAGGCACCGGACAGUAUAUCGACUACGGAUACAAAACGCAGCAUCGGAGUGCAGGUGGACCAGGACAUUUAUUCGCCGUUGGAGCUUUGUGAUGCUGCACUGAACUCCUGCGGAGACUUCUUCGUUGCAUCGACUAAAGGAAUGUUUGCGUGUCUUGACUCCUCCCCCGUCUUCUCCACAGGUCCCUCUGACCUUUCAGAUGGUGAUUGUUUGAGGGGCCGCGGGGAGGAAGAGGAGGAGGAGGUGAAGGGGUCGCUCAUUCCAUUAGAAAUCCUUCUGGCUGAAGAAAAUCGCCAAGUUGAUCCCGAGUGGUCCCCUCUGAAGGAACAGGUUGUGGCUGAGACUGUGGAUAUGGUGGAGCUGAGCGGGCUUGAAGCAGAGUCUCCAGCUGAAAGUGAACCUCAAACAGAAAUCGUUCUGCACGUUUCUGCUGGGACAUGGACAGACACCUUAAAAUAUGGAUCUACGCAAAGCUCUCCGACUAAACAGAAGCCUCUCGUGAUCCAGCCGGCUACAUGUGAUUCCAUCUCUGAGGAGACGGUUAAGUUUGUUUGCCCGCUGAUCCUCAAGUCAGAGUCUCCAACUCCCAAACCUGACAGUUCAGACAAGCCUGUUCAAGCUGAGCCUCAGCAAGCCUGUGUCAGCACCGCCAAGGGCACUGCCUACAGUCCGUCCCCGUCUGAUGGCGCCAUGACUCCUGCUCAGGUUGGGGUUUGGGAACAAGUCAGUAUGCCAAAGGAGACAAAGAGCAAUCUCCAGAUGAAACUGAAACUGACAUCUCCAGACCAAAAGCUGACCUGUCCGUGCGUGGUACCGCUGGUGAACGUGCUCACAGUAACGGAGUCAGACAUGAGGCUUCAGGAUGAUGUUGCUAAAGGCCACGAUGCUAAGCACAAAACUGGUUGGCCCCUGCCCAAAGACCUCCGCCGCCACCAAGGUCUUCACACGGGCCAUCGCCUCUGCUGCUUCACCCCCUGUGGAAACGGUGUUUGGCGGCUUCAGAAGGUGGUCACUCACACCCGUGAGGGAUACGUCUGCAACACCUGUGGGAAAACAUUCAAGCGGAGGAAGAUUCUCCGGCGGCACAAGCGCUUUCACACUGGAGAAAAACCAUACACGUGUUCGAUGUGCUCGAAGACGUUUGCACUGAGGAAGAGCCUUCGCCGCCACAUGAGGUUCCACACGGGGGAGAGGCCGCACACCUGCACACAGUGCAGCAAAAGCUUCCGUCUGCGGGACAAUCUGAAAGCACACCUGAGGUUUCACACUGGAGAGAAGCCUUUCAGCUGCACCACUUGUGGCAAGAUGUUCAGGAUCAUAAGAAAUCUGGAGAAACAUCAGUGUAGGCUCUUCGUUCCUUCGUUCAGGACGAUUGCUGGCUUGUAGCGGUGGAAAAAGCUGCUGACUGUGUUGGUGUUUCUACCUCAGACUGAAAACACUAUAUAGUUUUUUGGAAGACUGUUAUGGAAGUUGUGAUAGGAAAAGUUAAAGGUGUGUUAGACAUCCAGACUGAAUUAAGGCAGAAAUGUUAUAUUUGACAAAUAAGAGGGUUGUAGUGUGAUGAUGAUCAUUUUUUUCAACUUAAACUUCUGAUGUUUUUGACUUUUCUUGUUUCUUAUUCCUUGAACUGUGAACUUGAACUGUGUGCAAGAACUGCACAACUACACCUCACUUUUUAGCAUCAUUCCUGAGAAACAUAUGACCAGGCUGCAUGGAAUCCCUCCAUCUAGCACAGUUAACCAGGUAUACUACAUACAUAGUGAAGUACUUCACUGCUUGUAAGAGAUGAUUGUCUUGUAAAUGAGUUGGAACAGACCAAUAACAUUUUGUGCUUUUUUCACAGAGGAGUUUUGAUGUCUGUAUUCUUUGAAUAUUAUGCUUUUUUACUUCAUGCUCAUGUCUAUUGCCACAAAGUAUGUGGUUUUUUGUAUUCAUUGAUUACUGAAUGUCUAGGACUUUUUUCAUUCUUUCUCUUUGUGUCUUUGAUAUCUAAAACUAUCUGUGCUGACGUUACAAGGAGUCUGGCUUUCGUGUGAAAAGUUCUUUGAAAUGAUAACUGUAACCUGACAAGCAUUAAUAUGGUUAAACAAAUGUGGUCUCAUGUUCUCUUUUUACAUUUCGUUUGGAAAAGAAAAUGUCACUUACAAAUGCUGUACAUUGAUAAAUGUCUGCAUUGAUCUUUUUAAACUUCUGGUGCUUUGUUACCUUUUUGUUUGUUUUAAUAAAAAAGACAUUGUGGCACCCUUA